AUGGUAACAACCUUCAUCUAUAACCACACAUAUAUUGUGAGUCUCAUGAAAAAAUAUACAGGUGGUAGAGAUAUUGUUCAUCUUGGUGUUACCCGAUUUGCAACACAAUUUCUACAACUUCAAGCAAUUGUGAGACAAAAGGAAGGUCUUGAAAACAUGUUCAAUUCUGAAGAAUUUAGAAAAACAAAAUAUGGUAAAGAAAAGAAAGGACCGGGAUAUGAAGCAGGGACAAUUGUUAUGAGUAGGGACUUUUGGAGUAAGGCUAAUGAUGUAUUUAAAGUAUUUGAGCCAACUGUAAAAGUUUUGAGACUAGUUUAUGGUGAUGAGAAACUAACAAUGGGUUUCAUAUAUGAAGCCAUUGAUCGAGCAAAACAAGCAAUUCAACAAAAUUCUCGUUAUCAUUCCAAAUAUAAUGAUAUCAUUGACAAGCAUUGUAAAUUCAUGCAUUCUGAUCUUCAUUCUGCUGGUUAUUUUCUUAAUCCGCAAUUUCAAUAUGGAAUUGAACAUGGAAAAGUUGUGUAUAGAGAAACAUUUAAUGGAACAACUAAUCUAACACUUUUUAGAGAAAAGAGUGAAACUUUUUGUACACCUCUAGCUCAAAAAUCUUGGUCUAAAAUGGAUGCAGUCAAACAACCUCUGCCACAAACUGUGAGAGAAAUUGGAGUACAUUUAGCUAUAUCCACACAAAGACAAGAAAUAGAUUGA